GACUGACCUACCUAAUCGGCGGCUAAUUUUUCCCCUUCUUCUCCAAAUUCACACUCUGUCGCCAUACUUUUCCUCAAGAACACGGACACUUUCCUGCGAGCUCUCUGUCACAGACACAUUAUCGUCGUCUUGUUUCUCACUCUAUCGCGCCAUAUCGACUCAUUUUGGGGAUCGUUGUCUUUUUCGUCGGAACCAUCUCUUUGAUCGGUUACAGUUUCGAGGUAUAGUUGCUUCGUCCUCCCUUCAACCGAUAUAACUCUCUGGAAUUGAGCCUUCGUGGUUGGGAAGCCCUAGGUUUUGGAACUCUCUAGGGUUUUCCUAUUGCUUUGCAUUGGCAUAUUUGUUUGAAUAACCACCGCAGUUGUUGGCUAGCGGUUCUGGGAUUUUGUUCAUCAUCCUUCAUCACUCUAUGCGGCUGUUGUGGGCGUAUGAGUGCUCUGGGCAUCUGGGUUACUGAACACUGAUGUCUCAGUUGACGGGAGAUGGGGCUGUAGGUUGCGCUGUGCUGAUUUGAAUCCGUUUUGCACUUGAGAGAUGCAGUAAGAGAGUGGUAUCCCAAGUUAUGUUAAUUUUCCUCCUAGAUUUGUCGAGUUGAUAAUACUUUUCCAUUUUUGUGUAAUCAAGAGAGUCUACAUCCAGGUUGGAUUCUGAUGAACCAAUUGAUGCACAAUAAUCUUGGAUGCAAGAGUAAACUAUAGAAAACAGUGUGAAUAUAUGCAAACUUUCAAAUGUAUUUGAAGAAACAAAAGAGAGCUUCAACUACAUUUUAAGUGGGAGGUGUCUGUUGGGCCACAAAAUAUGGCAGGCUAUUAACUUUGUUAUUCAUUUUACUGAUCACGGCCUCAAUCCUACACUUUCAGCAAACCAUAGAUUUUGCAAGAGAAUAGAUAAUUUGCUAAAGAAGACUUGUAGUAGGAAAUCAGCUUUCUGUGAUUUUUGUAACACAUUCAACUUGGCUUUGGUAGAGGCUGCAUAGACUGGCUAGUUAGCGAGAUGUUGCCUUUAGAAAUAGUAGCAGUUGCAAAUAGACCUGUUUUAGAAUAAUAGUCACACAAACUCAAUCUCUUGUUGGGAAAUCUGAUGAUGUCCUGUGCUGAUGGAAAGAAGUGAACCUGCAUUAGUUCCUGAAUGGUUGAAAACUACUGGAACUGUUACUGGUGGUAGCAAUUCCAGCCGUUACUUCGUUACAUCUUCCCAUUCAGAGAUAUCUCAAUCUACACGGAACCGAUCUUCUAGGCCUGUAAAUGUUAAGGGUAGCAGUCAUAGCACACUACGCUCAUUUUUUGAAAGAAGUUCAUCAUCAAAUUCUAGGAACAGUUUUAAGAGCAAUAGAUCUAAGCAUCCAUACAGUAGUUUCACUAGAACCCAUCAUGAUAAAACCCAUGACAAAGAGAGACAAAAGUUUUUUGUUGGGGGUGACCUCUGGGACACUAACUCAUCCGAUCCAUUUGGGAAGAUACUAAAUGGCGGGGCUGAGAAGAAUGCUUUACGGCGGUCACAAUCUCUGAUUUCUAGAAAACCUGGAAUGUUGCUACCUCAAAGAACUGAAGACUCAAAAAGUGGUGUGAACAAUCACAUUAGUGGAAAUGGUAUGCUUUCAGAUGGUAUUAACCUGGACAGUGUUCAUAAGGUGUCAUUUGAAAAGGAUUUUCCUUCUCUUGCAACUGAUGAGAAACCAGCACGCAGAAUCCCAUCUCUGGGGUUGAGUUCAGCUUUUCACAGUAUGCCGAUGGGCAACUCAGCUUUGAUUGGUUCUGAUAAAUGGACCAAAGCAUUCGCAGAAGUUCCAUCUAUAAUUGGAAGCAAUACCAUGGGGAGUUCAUCUACUCAACACUCUCUUUCUCAUACAUCUACCUCCAGUCCUUGUGUAAACACAUGUCUUAACAUGGCUGAGGCUUUAUCACAAGUGCCAGCACAGGCUCGUAUAGCUCCCCAGGUCCCUGAUAAAAUACAGAGACUAGAGGAGUUAGAGCUGAAACAGUCUAGGCAGUUGAUACCUGUGACACCCUCAUUGCCAAAAGCCCUGGUAUCAAUCUCUUCAGAUAAAAUGAAGCAACCAAAGUUAGCGGUUAGAACAAGUGAGAUGGGUGUUGCUGCUAAGAGUGUUCAACAACAGCCUUAUACAUCGCAACUUACUAACCAGACCCGUGUUGGGCGAGUGAGACCUGAUACUCUAUAUACAUCUCACAUUGGGAAAUUUCUGGUUCUAAGGCCUCUUGCUACCUCUGCUACUAAAGACACACUUGGAGUUGCUAGUGGAAGAGGUUUACAUGAGCCACCUCCAGUUCCUCUGCUGUCUCCUUUGAAUACUUCCAGUACACCCAUGGUGACUGUACUUGAGAACAAAGCAUCUGCUUUGGUCCCGAAACAAAGUCCUAGUGCAGAGAAGAAAGUAUCUAUAUCGCAAGCCAAGAGCAGGAGUGAUUUUUUCAAUCUAAUUAGAAAGAAAACUUCACUGAAAACUACUGAGCAUCCAGAUUCUUGUACAGCAUAUUCUUCUUCUAAUUCAGAAGAAACCGAUACCACUAAAGGAGAUAGUAGUGUACCUUCAAGUCCUGUUGUUGAUGAUUGUCAGACUACCAGCAAUGGAAAUUCUCAUGGAACUCAAGGUGAAGCUUGUAGUUCUGAUGGAGAAGACUCAUAUUUUAAUGGAAAUAUGUAUUCUGAUGAAGAAGAGGUUGCCUUCCUACGGUCACUGGGAUGGGAUGAAAAUGUGGGGGAUGAUGAAGGCCUAACGGAGGAGGAGAUAAAUGCCUUUUAUCGGGAGUGUAUGAAGUUAAAGCCAGCCUUGUUUAAUUUCAGAAGAUCUCAGUAAAAAAAGGCCAUCUGGAGCUGCUGCAACAUCUGAAUCGGAAGCUUAAUUUUCUGGUUGAUAAUUUUUUAGGGAGAUUUUUUAUUUGUUUCAUCAUACCUUUCUCUCGGUAAACAAUAUCAUGAGCAGGCCAUGGCCUUUUCUGUUUCUGUUGAUCAUAGGUGAAUAAGUCGUUUAGUGAUGCUGCUGUCCAGACUCCAGAGGAGCAUUAUAAAUUAUAGUCAGUAUUUGAUAAUAAUACGACAAUGUGGUUAGGAGAUCUGUUAGUUUGCGGGUGGAUAUUGUUGCUGGUUUCU